AUGGCGGCAAAGAGUGACCGCGGCGAGCCGGUGGCGGCGGCUGGUGGCCCCGACACCUACCGCUCGCCGCUGGCGUCCCGCUACGCCAGUCCCGACAUGUGCUUCGUGUUCAGCGACAGGUACAAAUUCCGGACGUGGCGGCAGCUGUGGCUGUGGCUGGCGGAGGCGGAGCAGACACUGGGUUUGCCUAUCACAGAUGACCAAAUCCAGGAGAUGAGAUCGAACCUGGACAACAUCGACUUCCAGAUGGCAGCUGAGGAAGAGAAGCGACUGCGCCAUGACGUGAUGGCUCACGUGCACACCUUUGGCCACUGCUGUCCCAAAGCUGCCGGCAUUAUUCAUCUGGGUGCCACCUCCUGCUACGUUGGUGACAAUACGGACCUGAUUAUUCUUAGAAAUGCAUGUGACCUGCUUUUGCCCAAGCUUGCCAGGGUGAUCUCCCGGCUCGCCGACUUCGCUCAGGAGCGAGCUGAUCUUCCCACCUUGGGUUUCACACAUUUCCAACCUGCACAGCUGACCACAGUUGGGAAACGUUGCUGUCUGUGGAUUCAAGACCUUUGCAUGGACCUCCAGAACUUGAAGCGCGUCCGAGACGAGCUGCGCUUCCGAGGGGUGAAGGGCACCACUGGCACGCAGGCGAGCUUCCUGCAGCUUUUCGAGGGAGACCACCAAAAGGUAGAGCAGCUUGACAAGAUGGUGACAGAAAAGGCAGGAUUUAAGAGGGCUUUCAUCAUCACGGGGCAGACAUACACACGGAAGGUGGACAUUGAGGUGCUCUCUGUGCUGGCCAGCUUGGGGGCAUCAGUGCACAAGAUUUGCACUGACAUUCGCCUCCUGGCAAACCUCAAGGAGCUGGAGGAACCCUUUGAGAAACAGCAGAUCGGCUCAAGUGCAAUGCCAUACAAGCGGAACCCCAUGCGCUCCGAGCGUUGCUGCAGCCUCGCCCGUCAUCUGAUGACCCUUGUCAUGGACCCUCUGCAGACAGCGUCUGUGCAGUGGUUUGAACGCACACUGGAUGACAGUGCCAACCGACGUAUCUGUUUGGCCGAGGCAUUUCUUACCGCAGACACAAUAUUGAAUACGCUGCAGAAUAUUUCCGAAGGAUUGGUGGUGUACCCCAAAGUGAUUGAGCGGCGCAUACGCCAGGAGCUGCCGUUCAUGGCCACAGAGAACAUCAUCAUGGCCAUGGUGAAAGCCGGCGGGAGCCGCCAGGAUUGCCAUGAGAAAAUUAGAGUGCUUUCCCAGCAAGCAGCUGCUGUGGUCAAGCAGGAAGGGGGUGACAAUGACCUUAUAGAGCGCAUUCAGGCUGAUGCCUACUUCAGUCCCAUUCACUCCCAGUUGGAUCAUUUACUGGAUCCGUCUUCUUUCACUGGUCGUGCAUCUCAGCAGGUUCAGAGAUUCUUAGAAGAAGAGGUGUUUCCUCUGUUGAAACCAUAUGAAAGUGUGAUGAAGGUGAAAGCAGAACUAUGUUUGUAGCAUCGGAAAAGAAUGAAACAGAAAUUAU